GCCGUUCCAUGGAGACAAGGGAUGCCCAAGUGGUUGCUAUGCAAAAAGUAGGCAAUACAAGACCAGAAGUUGGCAAAACAUCAACUGUUUUAUGUAAUAUAAUUUAAGCGAAAUUGUAGCAUGCUUUGAAAUGCCUCGAAAUGACGUGCAUCGUAUAGAGUUAGCCUAGCAAGCUAACGCUACUCUCUCUAAAGCUUGAUGAAAAAGCCCAAACAUGGUGGGCUGCUGUUAUAAUAACGUGUCACAUUUUUAUCGGAGUUGUAUUAUGUUACAGUUAGAGAGGCAGUAUUAGAAACAGUGUCGGUUGAAAGAUGUGGAAGCGAGGCGCUCGAAGCUCUGCUCUGGACCGAGCUCAAGCCCUGCUGUCCGCCAAGAGGAGCGGCGGAGGGGCCGCCGGGUCUGUGCGGGGGUCUGCAGGGUCGCUUCACUCAGAUGCUGUGGGUGGGUCGGUUAAAGCCAGAUCCUCUUCCCCACACACACACGCUUUAUUGUCGGAUGUCAGCGACCUGUCGUCGGUGAGUUCAGCUCCUGAGCCUGGGGCUGACACCAUGCUGACCUCUGCUGCUGCAUCACAGGGUGAAGGUCAUCCUACAAAGGAUCUGAGACCUCCGAGUUCUCUGGGUGAGGGGAACAGGUUCUUGAAGAAGGCUCCACCACCCGCCAUCCACAGCAGCCAGUCUCCUGUCCGCAGUCGCCAUAUGCAGCAGGUGCCUGAAAACAGGAGUGUGUCAUCUUCUCAGCGCGGCUCCCAGGCUGCUGCUCUGAGUAAACUCGCUCAAAUCGAGAGCCGCGUCCGCAGCCGCAUGCAGGUCCAGGAUCAGGGGCCAAAACCCGCUGAGAGUCUGACCCCCAACAUGAGAGCAGCAUCUCUGUCCCCGGAGGCCCCUGUGAGACUCUCAGCACAGUCCAACAGUGAGCAGAGCCUGAGGGGGAAACACUUCCUCAAGAAUAAGACAGCUGCAGUGUUUAGCAGUCCAGGUGUUGGUGUGCAGUCCAUGUCCGGAGCUGCUGAGCUUGCAGGUCCCGCAGCAGUACUUGAGAGGAAGCCCGUGAGUCUGGAGAGUGAUGAGGAGGACAUGAGGAAGCUGCUCGGGGAAUCCUUGGAUUCAGAAGACAACAGCUUCAGAGGCUCUUCUAGAAGAACAGCAGAGAAGAUGUUGAGCAGAAGCAGUCAGAGGGUCCGCUCCUCAUCCCCCUCCCUUCCCUCAUCAUCCUCCCUCCCAGCACCUCGCUCCCCUGCCUCUCCUCCUCGCCGCGGGUCUCCUUUUCGGUUCACCGGUCAGGCUCAUGCCCACUUCAGCCCUUCCUUGCUCUCCCCCUCUCCCUCUCCUCGUCCACAGCGUUCCCUCUCCUCCAUGUCGGGCCGGGGUGAGGUGCUUUCUCUGGAGGAGCUGUUCUCUGAGGAUCCCCACAGCGAGAUGAGUGCAGGUUCCUCUGAGGACUUCAAGAUGAAUGUGAUGACAUUGGACGACCUUGUCCCUGCUACCCUGGGAUUUACUGCGGAAACCCCAGAGAAAGAGUCUAAACAGAGUGACGUCAAACACAGUGCCUCUCUGCGUGGAUCCACUAACAGACAUCACCAGCGACCACCAUUCAAAGAGAAGGACAAGCAGGAGGAGGAUGAGGAGGAGGAGGUGGACUAUCAGAGUGACUUUGAGAGUGUGAGCAGGACGGAUCAAAGUGUGAGCGCGGUUUCAGAGCACCUGCAGGGAGAUGGAGAGGAAGGGGAGGAUGUGUCGGAGAUCAGAGAGGAAGCUUCGGAUUCAGAUUCGUACCGUGGGAGGACAGGAGAGGAUUACUCCAGCCCUUUAUCAGACACAAGGCGCUCCUGCAGCUCAGGAUCAUCAGAUGGCAGUCAAACACGCAGCAGCAGAUCCUCCAAGUCACAUGGCAGCCGGAACUCCUCCCGCCAGGCGAGGAGGCGUGCUUCAACCAGAAAGAUUUUAAAAGAGGCGGCCGUUCAGACCCAGCCUGAUCCUCCAGCUCACACAGGGCCUGCAGCAUUCCUCCGUCCUGCAGCGGAUCUGACUUACAUGGAUCCCUCCCCGGUGGUGGCUCAUACUCUCAGUGCAGAAAUGGUGGAAGCUCUCAGCACCUUUAACCCGGCGGUGUUUGUGCUGAAUGAGAUGCUGAAGCAGCAGCUGGCCAUGACGCGGCGUUUCAUCGACAGCAGCCGACACCUCCACUGCAGCCUGCUGCAGAGCCUGGGCCCCCCAGACUACAGAUACACCACGCUGGAGGACACCAAGGAGGUCAUCCGUCAGCGCAGAGACCACAGACUGGGCCUGCCGGCAGAGAGGAGCUGUAGGAGGUGACCGUCAGACCUGCUGUGGACUGUCCUGCAUUACUGUCUGAUUUAUACAUAAUUUAAUCAUAUUUUUAUAAUAUGGGAAGGAUGUACAGUAUUUGUUUACCAGUCCAGAGAACAUGCCAAGAAGAAUGUGAUGCGUUUUAUAAAAUCAUGUCACAAAGUUGUAAAGGUGUCAAAUUGUAAUUCAUGUGUGCCCUCUGUGUAUGAAUUAAGCUGUUCUCUAAAUGAUUUGUAUUGUUUAUAUUAAACCGAGAUGACGUGAAUAAAACUGUGUAAAAAACAUAUUUAAACUGUAAAUCAUUCAUUGCCACUUUGUGCUUUCAGAGGAAAUAAUGAUUUAACGGU